UUGCAAAGGGCAUUCUGAAGAAGGACAACCCAAUCCUCCCAAUCCCACACUUUCCCACGCGCCCAACAAGCCCAGCCAGGCAUCAUGUCAACAGCCCAAACUAACCCACCACCUCCACCGGCACCACUCUCCACAGGAGCAGGAGCUCCGCCAACCAGUGCCGACUCCCAUCCUCCCGGCGACCCGGAGACCCCGCUAACGGCCGGCUCCAUAGGCGACGAUCUGAGCAAUGUGACACCGCAGGAAUUAGCCAAAGCCGAGAAAACGCUGCAGGAACUGCUGAGUCGCAAGAAACAGGUGGAUCGAUCACUGAUAGAACUCGAAAAGCGCAUCUAUAAUAUCGAAACAGGCUACCUGGAAGACACGUCACAGGGCAACAUCAUCCGCGGGUUCGAGGGGUACCUGACGAACACGGGGCUGGGAAAUAGAAAGAAGCAGAAGCUGGUGGAGGAGGAUCGGUUGUUUUCCAGGAGUAGUGUUACGUAUCCUAAGGCAUUGGAAAUAGCCUCCCACACCCGCCACGACGACGACGACAGCUCCCACCGUCACCACUCAACAUCCACCGCCGCGCAGGCAUCAUCGUCCACCUACCGCGGCACACCCACACCGCUCUCGCAAGUAGACCGGUUGAAGAAGGCGGCGCAGAAGAGGCGCAAGUCGAGUUUGAGUGCUGAGCCGGUGGAUGCGACGCCGGUGGCGAGGAAGAAGAGGAGGGGUGGGGAGGAGGAGAAUGAGUGAUGGUAGGGAGUGGGGGUUUAUUAUGGACGGGAGAGUUGAUGUGUAUGGAUUGGGGAGGGAACGGGGGGAGAUGGGGUUUCUUCUUCCGGGCCAUUGUGCACAGUUACUGUAUACCCAGAUCCCGCUUGUGGUGGAGUUUCCCACCGAUUAAUUGGCUCGUAGGAUCAGAGGGUAGUCCGUUGAGGCAAACACAGAAAAGGUGGAGGGCAGUGUACAUGUCUAUUUGCAAGUCAUUUGUAUAUAAAUACAAUUGGAAUCCGUGCCA